AUGCCACAAACUGUAGAUCAGGUUGCUUCUUCAGCACAAAACAAUGAGGGGAUGAUCGUUCGCUGUCAUGUUUUUGUGCGUGGCCGCGUGCAGGGCGUUUUUUUUCGGAAACACACCCAAAAGGCGGCUGAGGAAUUUGGCGUGCGCGGUUGGGUCCGUAACCUUCCCGAUGGGCGCGUGGAGCUGAUGGCGGAGGGCCCGAAGCAACAAGUUGCGAACCUCGUGAAGUGGUGCAAUGAGGGGUCGCCAAAGUCGCGCGUGGAAGGCGUUGACUCAACAACAGAAGCCGAAGGAAUCGAAUAUAGUUUUGAUACAUUCGAGAUACUGCGAUGA